ACGCCGCGGAGUUACUCUCAAAUGCGACCUGCACGCGGCCACCUAACAUAGCUACACACCUGUGACACCCCCACAUCUGCUGCUGGGUCCACACACACCGAGUAACAACAGAAAUGGCAGUUACGGAUCUUAUCAGGAGUCCAUCUUUUCUAAUCAAAGUUGUUGAACUGGUCUUAUCCAUUAUCAUAGCUGGUCUCACAACUGGUCAGGCAGUUGCUGCAUCUCCUGACAUUUACGUGCGUUUAGCGGUUGUCGAUGGCACCAUAGUAUGUUACAUCAUACUGGGUGUCCUAAUCAUCAUCGGUUAUGUACUCGAAUGUCCUAUACACACCAAACUGAUCCUAAUUUCUUCAGCGGCUGCAUGUGUAUUAUUUGUGACAACUGGAGGACUUAUUCUGGAUGCGUACACCCGAUCUUAUUUCAAAGUUACUCAAGUAAUCAUUGCAGGAAUACUAGCUCUUGUUAAUGGAGUGGUGUACGCCGCUGAUGCAUUUCUGUCGUGGAAGUUUAGCUAGAUACCCUUGCGGAGUGUUAAUACGUGACAUUACAUGUUCACAGUGUAUAUACUGAAACUAUCUACUGUUCUGUCAAGGAGGAGUUAGUGGGAGUUGCUUGAAAUAACAUCAAAUGAACUAGACUGAAAGCACUGUCAGCUUAAUUUACUGUCUCUGUACCUAAGACAGAUAUAUGUUUUCAUACAGUAAAAUUUGUGUACACAAUGUGUUGAAUAAGUUAUUAAAAAGUAGUAUUAAGGUUUAUUAUUAAAUAUUGACAUCCAAUAAUAUUCACUGAGGUGUCUUCUCUUGCUCUCUCAGAUUAAUUGCAUUGUUAGUGAAGCUUUCUUUACUGAGAAGACUUAAUCUCCAAGAUUUCUUUACAUACUUCUCCUAGCGAUUACAAUUAGAUUAAUAAUCAUAAUCAGUUUGUAAGUGUUGCAUAAUUUCUAUUUACUGGCUCUUUUGUACAUUUUUGUCUAGUAGAACUAUGAAAUAGCGAUAAUUUAAAUGUACAGAUAAUUAUCUGAUGAGAUU